GUAGACUCACACUAAUCUGUUGGGACAAUCCUUAUGUAUUUGCAGUGGAUUUUCCUUCUUCUAAUAUUUCUGGAUGUUGAGCCACACGCAAUACGCAAAAACUACACCAAACCGGAUGGAUGUCUCGAGAAUGCUAUCAAUUCAGAGGUGCAGAUUCUGGACAGUGAAAUACCUGGGUACUUCCACUUUGACCUGCCCGAGGGAGGAUACAUACGGGUGUUUUAUCACGUGGAUAAGUACGGCUUCUAUACCGAAACUUUGCACUGACAUAGAAUGAUUGAGAGUGUGUGUGUGUGUCUGUGCAGUUCUGCCAUAAUUGG